UUUUGAAUGACAUCGCCAAGUCAGUAAUUGUCAGUUAAUUAUGGUUUUUAAACAGUAAAUUUAGAUCUUAUAAUCGUUUGAGGAGAAAACGUAUGAAAAGUCGAAUAGUUUUCCAAUGAUAGUGCUCAUUCCAGAACCAAACCUUCUUUAAGACAAUGGGGGAGUACUACGAUAGCGAAGAUCCUGUGACAAAAUUUUAUAACGAUUACGAUGUAUCGCCCAAGACUGAGCCUCCCAGAGGUCCGUACGAAUCACCGGAAAACAACCACCCACUCCAAGAUAUUGAAGAGCAGUUAGAAAUGGCCGAGGACAGAUGCAAUACGCUGAAAGAUCAACUGGAUUAUAUGAAAGAAGUAUAUGGUGUUAAGAAGACCACUACUAUAUCGAGAAAAUUUUCCCUGCAUCCGAGUAAACAACAAAAAGGUACGGAUCUAGCGAUAGACCUGGCGAAAGCUGAGACGCAGGGCAGUGCAAGUGAGGUGAAGCAGAGCAGUAAUAGCAUGGCCAAAUUAGGGGUAAAUUCGGAUGUUUGAGGUUUGUGGCUGAUUUAAAACUGGGAGCGUCCAGCCCAUCCGAAAAGAAGGAUCUAGGACCGAGCGUUUUAACUACAGAUCUAUAGCUCUGCUUCCUGUUAUAAGUGGGGUGAUGAAAAGGUGCAUAAAUCUAGAGCUCUUGAAGUACCUUGAACGUGACGGCUUGAAUAACGACUGGCAAUUUGAUUUCGGCCACCAGAGGUUACCGGGGGAACUCCUAUCUCAGGUCAUCUGUGAAGUAAGCUGAUCUAGUAAUGUCAUGAGGCGCAUGCCAUUGCCCUUGAUAUCACGAAGUAUGUUGCCCUCUCAUGCAAACUUCUAUCCUAUGGACUCCCAGAGAAGCUUUGCAAAGGGGUAGCUGGCUUCCUUUUUGCACACGAGUGUCGCCACAGUGAAAAUAAAAUACCUCCUUUCGAGUACGAUCAAUCCGAUCCACAGCUUUGCUGAAGACAGCACUCUACUUACAGGAUUUCUGAACUCCAGGCCAAUCUCUACCGGUGAGCUGGAGAGAAGAAGACUAGCAGAGAUCAAUAAUUGUGGACGCAAAUAUCUGCGACUUUCGCGUCUAUAUCAGCUUGUUCAGUCUCAUCUUGCGAAGCAAGGUCCAGCAUUCCAAGACAAAACUCCAACGCUAUUGGAACAGACACAUCUGGAGCAGCUGUGAGAACCAUCAACAACAUUUUGAAUGGCAUUACAAACUCUGUGAACAGACUGUCAGAACUACAUUUACAGAUUUCUGAAACGCCUAGGACUAGGAGGUCUUCGAACACCCCCCAUGCAGCAACUCUUCCCCCAGUCAGCUCCAAAACAGUAGGAAACCAGAAAGACUUCACACCACCUGCAGGAGGUACGAACAUGUCUGAUGCAAGUGUCAAUGUUGAUGAAAGGAAAAAACUAAAGGCAGCGAAGAGAAAAUCGAAAGAAGGCAAGCAAAAUGUGAUGAAAGACGUUUACCCUCCAGGUGCUAGAAAACCAACUUCCUCUCCAGGACCUAAAAGGCCUACAAAGGUUGAUAGGAGAUCAAAGUACAGUCGGACUUCACUAGUGGAAAGGACCACGUCAAUUGUACAGCACAGGAAAAUCUUCAACAGCAACAAGCUCCCCUGUUCCAAACCUGACAAGCUAGUAGAAAUCUACCACAACGUCGCAGCCAGAAACAGCGAUUCUGAAGAAACCAACUUCAACAAAAGGAACGCCAGGAUGAUGCUAAGCACAAGUGCCAUUACUCGACAAGUGGAUGUGGAUGUUCCUCCUUUAAAUAUUAAUGAUGGUACAAGCUCUGUAGAGCCAAAAGUGAGCCAAACAGCUACGAUUGGAACCAACGUUAUUGUCCCUCAGUCUUUUAGCUAUGAUAGCUACUCCCAACAUUCAGAACACCCGUUACUGAAACACUCUCUCAAUUUAAGGGACGAAUAUGACCCACCUGUAGCCCCCAGAAAUGAUAAAUGCUACUACAAGAACUAUGAGCUUCCAACAAUAGCUUCAAGGAUGAAGCAAGCUGCAAAGGUGUACAUGAAUACCUUCAACUUCAAGGCCAUUCCAUUCGUGACCGCCAUUUCGACCACACCGAGUCACAAUAUCGGAAUUAACAUACAACAAGUGUUGAAUAUCAUAAAGAACAGGCAUCCGGUGAAUGGAAUUUCUCCAACAUUGGCUCAUAAUAUUGGUCUGGCAGCUGAAAAGCUGAAUAGUAGACCGUUGUCGGUCUUAGUUUCUAAUAUCAAUUCCAGGAUAAGCUAUAGAGGAUCAAGGUGCCCUCUAUCGAACAACAUGAUAAACUACCACCAGCUGCAAGACAUGGCCAAGACAAUUCCUGAAGAGUCCGCUGAAGAGGCCGAGGCGGCAAGACAAGACGACGGAGACUCUCCGGUUACUCGAACCAUUAUUGUAACAGGGCCUACAGGUGACAUGGAGAUUCGUACCAGGGACAUGCCCAAAUGGGCUGCGGAUCCUACAAUGUCCCAGGAGCAGUGCACUUGUGCCCCCAAGUCGGGUAUGGACUUCCAAGAGGUUGUUAGACGGUACAGCAGGAAUUGUAUGGUACCGUCUUGUACUACAGUUACGAAGUCGUCAUCGACAUGGAGAAAUAAAAAGGUCGCUCAACCAAAGAAAGCACAAAAUCUAAAUCAGAACAGAAAAGAAAGAAAUGGAUAUACAACCACACAGACUGCGGUAGGAAAUGAACAAGUAAUGGAAAAUCCUUUACAAGGAAAAGAGAAAAACCUGAAAGAGGUGCUUACGAAUCUUCACAGCGACUUUGAGAGCCUAAAUAAGCGCUAUGGAGAUCUCUCUCAAAAGGCUACUAAUGAGGACGAAGAGACAAUCAAAGAAUUAGAGAAGCUAGAGGUAGAGCUCAACAAGAAAGAGGAGGAAAUUACUAUGGUGAUGACAUUGUACAAGGAGGUCCUUGCUUUAAAACAGCAGGUUAAAUCAUUGAAACAGAAGGCGAGCCAAGGAAGUAUGUCACAGGAAUGCAAAGAGGCGGCAAGCAGUUUCAAGGACUACAACAAUCCCCAGAUGGCGUUUCAUUUGACCAAGUUGCUACGGCAGAUACACACGUACCAAAAGAGAUACAAACAGGAUGAUAUUGCUCUUUAGCAUAUCUUAUUAAAUUAUUGUAUACCAAUACCCGAGUUUCAUUUGAG